AUGCUGGUGGUGCCGGGCUGUGCCGCUCUGCGAGAUCGGUUGCUGGGCUACUUCAUGAGGGCUCCUAUUGCUGGCAUUGCAACAGUUCAUUGCUCGUUUUGGCGGAAGUCUUCAUUCAAUCCUCGUCAUUUCUCUGUCAGGGUUCCUAUCUCUUCUGUCUCCGUGCCACUCUUUAUCGACCCUACCUUCACGAACCUGUCCCGAUGA